UUCGCGGCCUGAGGCUCCAGCAGUACUGCUGCCGCCGCCGCCGCCGCCACCACCAGCGCCGCCAGCACUGCUACCACCCCCCCCACCACCGCCGACACCGGAACCUGAGCGGGCCUGGGCCGCUGAGGGAAGAUGGUGGACUACAGCGUGUGGGACCACAUCGAAGUGUCUGACGAUGAGGACGAGACGCACCCCAACAUCGACACGGCCAGCCUCUUCCGCUGGCGGCAUCAGGCCCGGGUGGAGCGCAUGGAGCAGUUCCAGAAGGAGAAGGAGGAGCUGGACCGCGGCUGCCGCGAGUGCAAGCGGAAGGUGGCCGAGUGCCAGCGGAAGCUGAAGGAGCUGGAGGUGGCCGAGGGCGGCCAGGCCGAGCUGGAGCGGCUGCAGGCCGAGGCACAGCAGCUGCGCAAGGAGGAGCGGAGCUGGGAGCAGAAGCUGGAGGAGAUGCGCAAGAAGGAGAAGAGCAUGCCCUGGAACGUGGACACGCUCAGCAAGGACGGCUUCAGCAAGAGCAUGGUGAAUACCAAGCCUGAGAAGGCGGAGGAGGACUCGGAGGAGGUGAGAGAGCAGAAACACAAGACCUUCGUGGAGAAGUACGAGAAGCAGAUCAAGCACUUUGGCAUGCUCCGCCGCUGGGACGACAGCCAGAAAUACCUAUCAGACAACGUGCAUCUGGUGUGCGAAGAGACAGCCAACUACCUGGUUAUCUGGUGCAUCGACCUGGAGGUGGAGGAGAAAUGUGCGCUCAUGGAGCAGGUGGCCCACCAAACCAUCGUCAUGCAGUUCAUCCUGGAGCUAGCCAAGAGCCUGAAGGUGGACCCGCGGGCCUGCUUCCGGCAAUUCUUCACGAAGAUUAAGACAGCAGACCACCAGUAUAUGGAGGGCUUCAACGAUGAGCUAUCUGCCUUCAAAGAGCGCGUGCGUGGCCGGGCCAAACUGCGCAUCGAGAAGGCCAUGAAGGAGUACGAGGCCGAGGAGCGCAAGAAGCGCCUGGGCCCCGGUGGCCUGGACCCUGUGGAAGUCUACGAGUCCCUCCCAGAGGAGCUGCAGAAGUGCUUUGACGUGAAGGACGUACAAAUGCUCCAAGACGCCAUCAGCAAGAUGGACCCCAGCGAAGCAAAGUAUCACAUGCAGCGCUGCAUCGACUCUGGCCUCUGGGUCCCCAACUCCAAGUCCAGUGAGGCCAAGGAGGGGGAGGAGGCGGGCCCUGGGGACCCAGUGCUGGAAACCGUCCCCCAGCCGGGCGAUGGGAAAGACAUCAGCGCCUGAACCCCCACCCCACCCCUCCAGCCACUGCCACCAGCGGCCACCUGCCCGCGGACCUCUUGCACCCCUUUUCAGAAAAAUGAAAAUAGACACGUCUCCCCAGCCCCCAGCUUCCUCCACUUGCUGCUCU